AUGGCUAAACAACAUCCGGAGUGGAUUUCAGAUCAGGACGGACACUUGAGAACGAUGAUGCACGUGCAGGAGGCCACGGAAAUUAUUUGUCUCAUUCGUGAACAACUCCGCCAACUUCGUGAAUUUUCAAUGGCGAAUGUUGACAAGUCCACGUUCAACGACACGGUCCAGACAACAUCGGGUGAUGAUUUUCUUGAGCAACAGGUACAACCAACAUCGCAGGACUUCUCAAUACCCACCGCAGGCAUGGACGACACCAACUGGCCGGUUACCUAG